ACGUAUACUGCGCAAGCGUAGUAGAGCCCUCAUGAAUAAGUUAGCGCAUGACAUCAUAAACACACGGGCAAGAAAGGAACGGAAGAACGGAUCAAACAACCACGAAAAUGUCCUACGCGUAUCUUUUUAAAUAUAUUAUAAUCGGAGAUACAGGUGUAGGGAAAUCAUGCCUUUUACUCCAGUUCACAGACAAGCGGUUUCAGCCCGUCCAUGAUUUAACUAUAGGCGUAGAAUUCGGUGCCCGAAUGAUCACUAUAGACGGCAAGCAAAUCAAGUUACAAAUAUGGGAUACGGCUGGCCAGGAGUCUUUCCGUUCCAUCACCCGGUCGUACUAUCGCGGUGCUGCAGGCGCUCUACUUGUCUAUGACAUCACCAGAAGAGAUACAUUCAAUCACCUCACAACCUGGCUGGAAGAUGCACGCCAACACUCGAGCUCAAACAUGGUUAUUAUGCUUAUUGGAAACAAAAGUGACUUGGAAGCAAGAAGAGAUGUGAAGAAGGAAGAGGGUGAGGCAUUCGCAAGGGAACAUGGACUCAUCUUCAUGGAGACAUCAGCAAAGACUGCAGCAAAUGUAGAAGAGGCAUUCAUCAACACAGCGAAGGAAAUUUAUCAGAAAAUUCAAGAGGGUGUUUUUGACAUUAACAAUGAGGCCAACGGGAUCAAACUGGGACCUCAGCACUCGCCGUCCAACCCGUCCAUGCCACCCCGUGGCGGCCGAACCGACGAUGGUGGUGGCUGCUGUUAAUGAACAAAAUUCUCUCCAUUUAACCACACAUUGCCAAACGUUGCUUUCUGAAGCAAGCAUUCAAAGAAGUAUUUAGCAAGAGGAUGGGAAACUUGAGGACUUAUGGGAACUUUUAUCCUUCCUACCAUCAUUCCUCUAUGGCCCUCUGGAGUAAAUUGGUAUAAACUUUAAAUGUUUCGAUCAUGACAUUCGAAGUCAGAUACAGAUAUGUUUGUUAGAUCCGUUAUUGUACAUUAUAAUCAACCAGUAAGAAAACAAUGUGAAAUAGUGAAUUUAAAAAAAUAGUUUUGCUUCUGUUUUUUUUUUGGCACUCAAAAUGAUGUAAAAUUGUAUGACCACAAAAGGCAGGACUUAAUCAAGUCACAGGUUCUAAAUGUUUAAGUUGGACCUAUCCAGUGCUCAUAUCCCUGACCUGUUCAGAGUAGUAUUGAUGGGUAGUAGUUUAGCAUAGACAUUUGGGUAAUAAACACUCAGAGUUCCCCUUUUUUUAAAGAAGCAUGUGUGAAAUUGAAGAAGGAAUGAAAAAUCAUAUCUCUAAUACCUUAACGUUAUUUUUUUCCUGGGUAGUAAAUAUUGUGGCAUAUUUUUCCGGUAAGAUUCUAACAAUUUUUUAAUUGCUACACAUUGUAGCAUUAUGAAUGUUUUGUCUGCAAUGAAUUCUGCAAUGAAUAAAGAGACAGUGCUGGCAAA